ACUCAGCAGGACAAGUAGUACAGGAACACUUAUGCAGUAGCGGCAGUCUGCCCUUCAUCAUCAUCAUCACAAUUAAAACACCCUUUAAUCAUCAUUUUUAAACUAUCCUAAGACGUUAUGGGAAGACAGAAGGUGAUCCUGGAAAAGAUGGCUCGGAUCUUUCAGGUUCGGAAUGUGCUGAUACGACAGGCACUGGCAGAAUGCCUGGGCACUCUCAUUCUAGUGAUGUUUGGAUGUGGUGCUGUCGCCCAGUUGAUUCUAAGCGGAGGCUCUCAUGGAAUGUUUCUGACGGUGAAUUUCGCUUUUGGGUUCGCUGCUACAUUGGGAAUCCUAGUUUGUGGGCAAGUCUCAGGAGGUCACAUAAACCCUACUGUGACCUUUUCCCUUUGUUUGUUGGGGAGAGAACCCUGGAGGAAAUUUCCCGUGUACUUCCUGGCCCAGACUCUGGGGGCUUUUCUUGGCUCAGGAAUAAUAUUUGGCAUGUAUAUUGAUGCAAUUUGGGACUAUGGACAAGGUUCUCUAGUUGUUGUAGGGGACAAUGCAACGGCUGGAAUCUUUGCUACAUACCCUUCUAAACACCUUACUUUGCUCAAUGGCUUCUUUGAUCAGAUGACUGGCACGGCAGCUCUCAUAGUUUGUAUCCUCGCCAUUGUCGACCCUUACAAUAACCCCAUUCCACAAGGACUGGAGGCCUUUACUGUGGGCUUUGUAGUUCUAGUGAUUGGUCAGUCCAUGGGUUUUAACUCAGGUUAUGCUGUAAAUCCAGCCAGAGACUUGAGACCUCGGAUCUUCACCGCAAUUGCUGGAUGGGGCUCAGAGGUGUUCUCAGCAAACUCUUACUGGUCCUUUGUACCCAUCUUUGCCCCAUUCAUUGGUGCCAUGUUCGGUGUGAUGGUGUAUCAGCUGAUGGUGGGAUGCCAUGUGGAAGGAGAAGCAAGAGAUAAAAGUAAAACAGAGGAAAAAGAAGAGAAGGAAAGAUUCAAACUCUCUGCUGUUUCUGAGAAGGAGACAGCAUAAGUCUGGGAUCAAAUGGAGUUGUUUUUCCACAGUUCCGUUCAGCUUCUAAAAUUUAAUUUAGCUCUCAUGACAAUAUAGUAGCAAUAUUGUGUAUCUUGUACCCACAUUAAAUCAAAACUUUUGACAGUUACCCUUGACAUUGUGAUUAGACUCAAACUAAUUAGUUGUAUUUUUUGUAGUGUGUUUGCAAUUAGUUGAUGUCCAAACAAUGUAAUUGAUUAAUCUUAAUUUGCAUAUCACUUUAAUUAUCCUGACCAGAACCUCUGUGUUUUAUACAUAAACUUACUAGUUAUCCUUUCAAUUUAUUCCAAAAAAUGCCCAAUCAUAGCCAAAUUAAUUCAUCCAAUCUGCUAACAAGUCAGUUGUUGUCACCCGUUCAUUUAUCUCUAAUAGUUCUAUCUGCAUAAUGAAUAAUUAUGAAUAAGGGAUAUGAUUUAUGAAAACCUUCACCCUUAUGAAUACCGCAUCAAAGUCAUAAAAGUACCUGUUCCACUAAUAUUCCAUCAUUAUUAUAAGUAAAUAGUAAUGAGUGCUGUAAUUAUGCAGUGAGAAAUCCAGUUCUAUUUACAUUGUUAUGUCGCUUUUUGCCUUUUUGGGAACAUAUUUGUUGUCCAAGUAUAUGUUUUGAUGUAAUACAUGCCUGUUUCUGUUCUGGUUUACACUGUUCAGAGUUUACACUGACUAUGCAUAUAACAUAUUGUGUUAAUUUAUACUGUUCUCUUUAAAAAUAAACUGCAUUUUUGGUAAGGCAUUAGGAUUCUAAUGGAUCUGUAGUAUUUUUAAUAUAUGAGAAACAUCAUGCACAAAAUUUAUU